AGGCGAUUGCCAUCACAACAAGGUCCAAUUACUUGUUUUAAAAAUGCAAAACAUCUGGUCUGGCAUGCUACACAAAGUAUUUCUAUGACUCCCAUGCUCAUACCAGAAGGCUUCAGAGCAGUCCGUAUGUGACACGCAGGUUCGUUUACCAUAUUAUGCUGCAGUGAAAAUCAUGCAGAUAAUUGCCUGUAAAGCCAGCCGUUGGGACGCUGCUUCUAUCCAUGCCCUGUCCGUGCCGGCGCGGUGUUUUUUUUUUUUUUUUUUUUCACGUUGAGCUCACAUACAUUCUGAAAGUCUAAUCACGGGCAGGAGAGCGCUGGCAGAACAAAUGAGCUACUGAGCAGUUGGCACAGCUAGGGAAAGCGUUUGCCAUAUUCAGACAGGCGUUUAACCACCACAGAGUAUAGACAGCGACCGAGAGGGAGAGCGAAAAUGUGAGGAUGCACGCUGCAUGGUUUGCGGAGGAUGCUGACGGAUGGGGAAGCCGAUAUCGUCUCUGUCGAGGGAAUACAUCACAAGGACAUGUUUAAGGUAUCGAUGUGGAAUAUCUGACGAUUUAGGCGGUUUGUCGGCCAGCAGUGGUUGUUUGGGCGGCUGUAAUCGGAUCUGCUUUGAAUUUGCAGAUGUCUGUCUGAAAGAUAAACUGUUGGGCUUUCGAUUAUGAUUGAUGAAAGGAUCAGAGUGAACCCGAUAUCAAAUUACCACCUGUUACCAGAAAAUCAGCUCAUGGGAUCCAGGGGAUUUCUGUGGAAGGUUCGCUGCCCAGCUUUCAUUAAAGCUGGUCUGAUCUCAGAUCAGUAGAGGUCUCACCGCCUGACAGGCUGACGUCCACACGCCUGCUUCGGCUGUCCAGCUGCAAGGGUCUUAAGACAAACUCCAAUAAGGGCUCACCUCAUUCAUGGCUUGACCUCCACACAGUAUGCGCUGUGGACAGUUCCAUUGAGGGCAGUCUCCCUCUAAGUACCAUAGCACAUGGAUUUCAAGACUUCAAAUGAAGAGUCAAAGACUGGGAUUUAUUUGCUGCAAGAUGGCAACGAAGAGCCUUUCAAUGUGCGUCUGCAUCUGGCCAAAGACAUUCUGACCCUUCAGGAGCAAGACGUCAUCUGCGUGACCGGGGAGCCCUUCUACUCCAGUGAAAGAACUGUGACCAUCCGUCGUCAGACAAUAGGAGGCUUUGGCCUGAGCAUCAAGGGUGGCGCAGAGCACAAAAUCCCUGUUGUGAUAUCAAAGAUAUCAAAAGAACAAAAGGCGGAACUCUCUGGACUGCUCUUCAUCGGAGAUGGGAUCCUUCAGAUCAAUGGAAUUAACGUGAGAAGCUAUCGACAUGAAGAGGUGGUGCAGGUGUUGAGAAAUGCAGGGGAAGAGGUCACACUGACCGUGUCCUUCCUCAAGAGGACACCAGCCUUCCUGAAACUACCCCUCUGCGAAGACUGCACCUGUGUUCCGAGCGACCAGAGCAGUGGAACAUCAUCGCCUCUCUGUGACAGUGGUCUGCAUCUGAACUAUCAUCCAAACAACACGGACACGUUGUCUUGCUCGUCGUGGCCCACGUCCCCGGGCCUGCGCUGGGAGAAGAGAUGGGUGGACCUGCGCCUCCUCCCCCUCCUCCACUCGCGCCUCUCCCAGUACCUGCCAGGCUCCGAUGUCUGCAGGCAGAAUGCCUUUCAAGUGAUUGCAGUGGAUGGGGUGUGCAGUGGGGUGAUUCAGUGCCCGACUGCUGAGGAGUGCCUCGAAUGGCUGCAGGCGAUAGCUACCAAUAUAUCAACUCUCACAAAGCACAAUGUGAAGAAGAGUAACCGGAACUUUCCUGUAAAUCAGCAGAUCAUCUACAUGGGCUGGGUGGAGGAGAAGGAGCAGGACAUGGUGCAGGACCGAAUGUACACGCCCAAGUUCCUUGCCCUGAGGGGCUCCUCGCUCUUCAAGUUCUCGGCGCCGCCUGUAACCACGUGGGAUUGGACCAGGGCUGAGAAGAGUUUCACCCUCUAUGAGAUCAUGUUCAAAAUCCUGAAGGAUGGCGACCUCGUGGACAAGCGGCGGCACUGCUUCUGCCUGCAGGUGGACACGGGCGAGGACACCUUCUUCAGCGUGGAGCUGGAGUGCGAGCUGCUCGUCUGGGAGAAAGCCUUUCAGAUGGCCACUUUCCUGGAGGUGGAGAGGAUACAGUGUAAAACGUACGCUUGCAUAAUGGAGAGCCAUCUGAUGGGACUGACCGUGGACUUCGGCAUGGGCUUUGUCUGCUUUGAUGCUGCUUCAAAGGCGGUGCUCUGGCGAUACAAGUUCUCCCAGCUGAAAGGCUCCUCUGACGACGGGAAGAGCAAAAUCAAAUUUCUGUUCCAGAAUCAGGACACCAAACUUAUCGAAGCGAAGGAGCUGGAGUUCUCCAACCUCUUUGCCGUGCUGCACUGCAUCCACGCGUUCUUCGCCGCCAAGGUGGCCUGCCUGGACCCCAUGUUCGUGGGGAGUCAGAACGCCGCCGCCGGGGCCGGGGUACACACCAUCACCUCAGUCUCCUCCACCAUGCCGGCGUCCAAGAUCAAAUACACAACCUGAGCGGCGGUUCUGUCUUAGUGUCAGGAAACUGCAUGAGUCCCAUACCACAUUGACUGAAUGUGGACACAACGAACGAACAUCUGGGGGAGGAUGAUCUGACCAGAAAAAGUCGACUGGACUACAGGCCCUAAUCAACAGGAAAAUAAGAACAAAUCACAACUACAAGCUCCAUGGGCCCUGUUUAAGUCCCUACUCUAGUGCAGGGUCGCUCCAUGGCCCCUGUUUAAGUCCCUACUCUAGUGCAGGGUCACACAAAUGAGAAACUGUACCAGAACAAAGCAAAAGAGGGCACUGUAUAGAAAUGCUUGCAAAGGUUUAGAUAUGAAUCCACAGUGCAUUUCUCCAGUGGUUUUGCUUAGAUCUUUUACUGUUCUGGCUGAGUGGCUGACAAUUCAUCAAAACAGGAAAUAAUUCACCCGUGGGUCUUUCAAAUACUCUGGUUGAGAAUCAAACUAAGGUCACCAGUUCAUCGUGGAGCAUCACAUUAAAAAUGAUCCUGAUCGUGGUCAUGGUCGCUGACAUGAGCUACCAUUUUUCCUUGUGAGCUGGUAUUUGCCAGCCAUUUGUGGCAUACCCCACCCUUUAAAUUGCCUUCGUGCUUGUUUCAGUUCACCGGAAACCCUUACUCUUUUCAUAGUAUUUAGCCUACUGACAGUAGCAGGUUAACCUGUGAACUUGCUUUGUGAAACAAUCCUGGGCUCAAGGAGAGGCUACAUAUAAAGUUGGAGUUUAGAGAUGUUUAUAUGAUGAAGACAGAGAAUAGUAGUGUUGAGUUAUCAUCAUACUUGUAAUGCAAAUGCACUUUAUGUGACAAAAUUCCCAAUAUUUACCAAUUGCUUUUGAACUACAAGGAAGAAUCGUAAAUUUGAGAAUAUUAAAUUUAGAGUUUUAAGCUUGAGAGUAGUGCACUGCCUUGCUCAAGCUUACCUUAAAACUGGCAAAAGUUCGACACUUUGUUUACACUUUGGACCCAUAUUUGAUAGUUAUGUAAAAAAAAUUGACCCAUACUUUAAUAGGGCAACGAGCACCGCGCAUCAACAAGAGAAUAGCUCAUUUCAUUGAUACAGAGCAGGGUACAAUCAAGCAUUAAUGGGUUGAGUAAUUAACGGAUGUGGCAAUGAAGUCAUUCUUUAUCAGCCAAUCACAAUCAUUGGAUCAUACCUUAUUAACGUUCACAUGGAGCUCAGUAGACCUCAUACAAUAGCGCCAACAACAUCAUUCCAGUCGCAAACGGAGCGGAAUACACCAGAGGAAAUGGAGCAGAACACACCAGAGGAGACGGAGGUUCUUGUGCGGGAGUUCUGCCCAACAUGAAAUCACUUAGGAGUUUCAUGGGAAACACGUGUUGCUUUGAAGGAACUGAUUUAUACAUAGAACUCUCGCGUCUGUGCGCUGAUCCACCCACGUGUGCGCUUAGAAUCUUGCUAACGUUAUGAAAUUAGCAAAAUGAUUUUGCCAAGUUAUUGAAUUAGCUUUAGUGUCAUGCACGGCGGACUUUGCUUGUUGCCUGCCAUGUUUCCCAUCAAUGAAAUUAGGGCCCUCCAUGUUGGUUUUCUGGAACAUGGCUGCUGUUCAGGGGCUGAAAAAUUUGCCUCUCAAACUGAAUUAGAAAACCCUUGGAGAUUUUUGGCAAAGGUUAGUUUCAGUAUUUUUUCCCACCAUGCAAUUUCCCCUUAGCUGAGAAUUUAAUUGUUUUUCUUCCCACAUGCCGACUAGAAACUAACUGUAUCCUAUUUCGUGAGAGACAUCUCACCAAGAACAUUUCUUUCUAGAAGUUCUUCUCUUAGGUUAAAUGAAAGCCUCAGCAGGACCGUCUAAAAAAAAACAUGUCUGCUUUAGCAUUCAUCUCGCCUGAGGAAGAAUGCUGCUGUCCAGUAGUGUUUUAGUCAUGGAGAGAGUGUGUGUGUGUGUUCAUUCUCCCCGCUCCCCUCUCCUGAACAUGGACCAAGUUACAUGCCCUUACGUUUGGCCCAAGGUAAAUAUCACAGCAUAUAUUUUUAUACAAGAGCUUUGUACAUAAUCAGAACUGUUGUCAUGACACUGACACCUAGGCAUGAUAAUCAAAAGUUGACAAAAUGAUUCGACACACAGUGGCAAACCAUGUAUGUAGCAUCCUGGAUCUUAGCAAUUCAACAUCUGACGGGGACUCUCUGAAUGCUCUCUAUGUCCUCUCCAAACAUGUUGGUUUCAUGAGAUAAUUUGUGGUUUUUAGAUUAUUGUUUUGACAACUGUCAGCUGAAAGACUGGGCUAAUUGUUUGUAGUUUGCUACCGCAAUGUCUAUAUUGAUGCAUUUGAUACUACUGUCAGAGUUCAAAUGUAAAGAAAGGGUCAGUAAAAUGUUUUAUAGAGUAGUAAUAUAUCCUUGUGAUACUUUUUUAUUCCUUAAACUGAAAACCUUCAAUGACCCAGCCCAUUAUCUCAAGGUGGAUUGAUAUUCAGCUUGCAAUAAUUCACACAGACAGAAGUCACCUUUCUGAUGAUUUUGAUUCGUUAGAAUUGCUAUUCGAAUUAAUUGUGUAUAAAAAAAGACCUAAUAAAAUGUCCAUGUCACUCCCCAGACAACAGAAGAAAAACAUUAAGACUAGGGUGAAAAUCAAGCUCUGAUCAGUUAACACGAGGAUAAUCGACUCUAUGCAAACGAUGAGAUGGUGGCAGGGAAUGAGAGGAGUGCUGUUUGUUCUGUGCUAUUUCUCUCGCAUAUUAUUGAGAUGGAUCCAAUUUUCAGUGGAGUGCAGCUCGAGAGAAUUGAUUUAUUUUUGGCCAAAUGAGUCUCGUUUUAAUAAAGAAUGUACAGUGUACUUACCAUAAUAAAGAUUUUAUAAAA